UUAAAUCACUUGAAAAUAUUAUAUAACAUGGAAAAUCGAUUAAAUACUCUGACUGAUUCUUCAGAUAAACAAACACUGAAAGAUGAAGAUCUUUUUAUAGGUUAUAAGAACUGGAAUCGACUUAUCACUGCAGCUUCUACUAUAGGUUAUAAAGAAGGCAUAGAAGAUGGAGAAGAAUCGGUGUUCCAAGAAGGAUUUGAUAUGGGUUAUAAAGAUGCUUUCAAUAUAGCAUUUAUGCUAGGAAAAUAUAAAGGACUAAUUAGUUCUACACAACAAAAUGUGGAACUCUCUUCGUUUGUAAAAAAUAUACUCCAUGAAACUAAAAAGGGCAUAUGUUACAUAUGCAAUGAAGAAUCGCAAAGUAAAGAUAUUAAUGAACGGACAGAAGAUAUACCAUUUAUAGAUCUUGUAGAAAAGCAAAAAACAUAUUCUAAGAAUGUUAUUAAAACAUUACAUAAAAAUCUUGAAUUGAUUAUGAUAAAAAACAAUAUCGAUGUCCAAAAAUUAGCCCUGAAUAUAUAACUUUUAUAUCUAUUUUAAGAAAAUAUAGGAUAAACAUUGCACAGAAUUUUUUUGUUAAUAAGUUUAUAUUGACACGAAUGACGUUCUUAUAUUAGCAGUAAAUAAAGAGUAAGAUGUGUAAAUAA